AUGGUUUUCAAAUAUAAGCGAAUAUCUUCCAGGGGAGAUUCAUGGAGUGAGCAGACAAUGUCUUUAGCAUUAAAUGACUUAAAGCAAGGGAAGAUAUCUAUUAGGGGGGCUUCAAAAAAAUAUGGAAUUCCCUAUUCUACUCUGGCCGACCACAAAAAAUUAAAUACUUCAAAAAAGAAGUUAGGAAGAUAUUCUAAAGUUUUUUCCGAGGCAGAAGAAAAAGAGCUUGUUGAAUAUCUGAAAGAAUUAGAUAAGCGAUUCUAUGGUUUAACCAAGAGAGAUUUUUGUAAAUUAGCUUACCAGUAUGCGGAGGAAAAACAUAUUCACCAUCCAUUUACGAAUAAUGAAGCGGGUGAGCAGUGGUACGCUAAUUUUAUGCUGCGACAUCAAGAGUUAAGUUUAAGAACUCCAGAACCUACUAGCGUAGCACGGGCUUGCGGAUUCAACAGAGUUCAGGUCGAAAUUUUCUUUAAAAAUCUGUCUCAAAUUCUGGAAAAGCAUCAUAUUACUACGGACAAUAUAUAUAAUGUCGAUGAGACGGGGAUCCAGACGUCAGCUAAAAAACCACCAAAAGUUUUAUCCGUAAGAGGCAAGAAGCAAGUUGGCUCAAUUUCGUCAUCUGAACGCGGUACCCUGAUAACGUCGUUAUUUUGUUGUUCAGCAACCGGAAAAUUUAUUUCUCCAACUUUAGUAUUUCCUCGAAAGAAGAAAAAUCCCCGUUAUCUUGAAGGAACCCCUCCAGGAACAUUAAUGUUAGUAACGGACAAUGGCUGGAUUAAUUCUGAUGCUUUUUUAGAAUGGCUGAAGUUUUUUGUGGCGAGUGUAAGACCGACGGAACAGCAUAAAUGUCUUCUUAUACUAGACAAUCACGUGUCACAUCGGUCCUUAAAGGUUUUACAGUAUGCAUCCGAAAAUCAUGUGGUCAUUCUGUCAGUUCCGCCCCACUCGACCCACAAACUCCAGCCGUUGGACGUUGCUGUAUACGGCCCAUUCGGAAAAUAUUUUGAGAGAGCCCUGGAUAAAUGGCAAAAAGCUCAUCCAGCCCAGAGAGUAACUUUUUUUGAUAUAGGCUCAAUAUUUACCGAAGCCUAUUUAAAUAGCGCUACUCCUGUUAAUGCCAUAAGUGGAUUUAAAAAAACAGGAAUCACAAAUUGUGAUAUUUCCGUUUUUACAGACCUUGACUUCGCACCCUCAAUCGUAACCGAAAUAAACCCAUUGGAAUCAACGAAAACACCUAAAAAUAUUUACUGUACAGAAAUUGCGGCCUCUAGAAGUACUGCCUCUGAAACGACUGAUGGUGCUGGACCAUCCAGAGUAUUGAAAGAAAAUUUAGUCCAGGUUACAGAUGGCUUACAAAUUAUAUCUGCCAGUAAUAUAGAGAAAGAUCCAACAAAUACGAAUAAAAAUAUUAUGACGCCUGAAAAAAAGAUUACCGUUAUUUCCGAUAUAUUGAUAGUACCAAAAGCUGACUCUAAACAAAACACACGAAGAAGAAAGUCACAGAAGUAUAGUGGAUUUUUCUUGGAUAUAGAUCUAGAUUCUGGAAGAAAUCUAAUCAAAUGA